AUGAGGGUCGUAUUGACAGCUAAGCGGCAAAUCAAUCAGCACGAAUUGGUGCCCGUCUCCGUUGAUGCAGUGCGCGUUCGUGACGCAAUCUACUUGGGCUGCGAGUCGGGCUUCACGCUGGACAAACAUUCCAAUACGCUGGCUCUAGUAUGCCGUGACUUGGUUGCUAUAUUGGCCUUCGAAACGCGAGAGAGGCUUAUACAGUGGCAGGUGAAAGUGUCAGCGCAGUUGGGAGAGCCUCGGCAUUAUCUUGUGCUAGUUGGUAGUGGUGGUGCACGACGUGUUCCACCAGGGCCAGCGCGAUUGCAUUUGCACGAGGAGAGAUGUGCACUCACAGCUGGAGUGCCACCACGGUUACUCGGUGUCUGGGAAUUACGUCACCUCAGACGAUACGGGGUGGUGGAGGGUCGUUUCUGCUUCGAGGGUGGAUCACACUGUGGCAAGGGUGAGGGCCUUCACGUACUGAUUACCGAUCAAGCGCAACAGCUCGCUAGGGAUUUCGACCUCGCCUCCCAGGGCCGCCUCUCACCUAAGAGAAGACCCCUUAAUUCCAAGAAAAUUGAAAGUACGGAGAGUCCCAAGUCUCAUAAAGCGUACCGACCUGACACUCGACUAUCUGAACUAAAUACUAUCGAUCGCUCCCUUCCUCCGAUGGAUUUAAGGCUUUAUGAAGAUCCUUGUAUCGGUGAAGAGGUAGGAGCUAUAUCUCCGUACUGGCCCUCAACAGAGAGAACAAAUUUUCAGGAUUUAGGCUUAGCAGAUACUGCUUCAGUUAAUGAAACGAUAGAAGGAACAGAUACCGCUCCAUGGAAUGGUACAGGCAACGUUUCACUUGAAAGGUGCAUGAGCUGUAUAUCAAAGCUUGGUGCUCUUUCAAGAUCGUCUACGGCAGCGUUGACGCCUGGAGCCAAACAUUUUAGCCCUGCGUGGACGAUGGAAGCCGUACCUGAAACUCCACGUAAAGAUUCUCUUCCAAAAGAAAAUACUCAAAGUUGUGACAUUAAUUUUAAGAAAUCUAAUAAGACUGAAGAAUUGUGCCGUUGCUUAGAUCGGCCUCCAGAUAGACCCCCUAAACCUACAAGAUUAGAAUUAAACUUCGUAAAUAAGCCCCCGAAGACUCUUCCAAUCCAAACAUGUAGCUGUGCACAUAUUGAAAUAAUAGAAGAAAGCAAAUUUACAAAAAUCGGUCCUUAUGAAAAUUACGAUGUACCGAGACUUCCUUCAUCAGAGGUUGAGGGAGAGUAUUACGAUACGCCGAAAAGGUUAAAAGAAUGUCUUAAUGAUGAAUUGUUCAGGAUUACGAAAAGUUCUACUUCUAGAUCCGUAAUACUCAAGAAACCUUGCGGAUGUUUACUUAAAUUUGGGAAAAAGCCAAGAGAGCCCACUAUUGUAGAUGCAGAUGAAAAUUUUCAACCUGCUAAUUGCCCUUGUCAAAGGGUAACAGAUUGGGCGAAUAAUUGGAUAAAAUUGCCAUAUUGCAAAAAAAAUACCAUAUCCAGUGAUAAUUUGGUACCUAAUAAAGAAAAUUUGAAGCCAAAUUUAAGUGACCGUAGUGCUCUUUAUGCAACUAUUGACUUAACUCGGAAAACUAGAAGAAAACAAAACUCUAGUGACUACCAAAACGACAGUACGCCAGAUCAUCCAGAUACAGAUUCUAAAUCUAUUGAGGUAGAUGAGGGUCCCCUAGCGAAUUAUGAAAAUCUUAAUUUUGCUUUAUCGUUAGAACACUACGAGAACGCUAAAGAUUUAUUAAAAAAGGCAGGUGUAACUCAAAUUGAACUAGACGCAAUAACUGCAAAUCUUAAGCCAUCGUCUUUUAUAAGUGGACAUGAAAAUGAUAUAUGUUGUAAAUGUGGCCAUCUACAAGUUGCUGCAGGAAAUUCUAAAAUAACAAAAAACGAAACAACUCAUGAAGAUUAUUUGAUGAUGGAGCCAAAUAUAAUUGAAAAUAAUAAAUUUGAUCAAUCAAAAAUUUUACCACCUGGCUAUACACCAAUGUCACCGAUAGGUGGAUUUGCAUUCCAUACUCUUAAACAUCAACCAAAAAGUCCUAUAAACAGGUUAUUAGAAGAAAAAUCUGCUAGUAAUCCAACAUUAUGUGGGCCAGAUGAAACACGGCAGUCAGAUGCAGAAGGUAAAGAAUCGAAAGACGUGCGUUCAUCUAACGAACGAAUUGAAAGAAUAGAAUACCGAAAACGAUCAUGCUCAGCAGAUUCGUCACGAUUUUUGGAAGAUGUCAAAGAGUUUGAAGGUAGCGUAGGAAGUAGGGGUUCCACAUCAUCUAUCGAAACCCUUCGUAAUAUCACUCUUGAAGGAGACAGAACAUCAAUUCAGUGCAAUUGUACUGCCGAUAACAAGCAUUCAGAUGCAGAUAGUUCUGAAGCAUCUAAAGGCAGAGGUCGUGGCCCGCCGCCUGCAAAGAGAUCAUCUUCAGUCCCUGGGAAAACAAGUGGAAACAGAGAUUCAUCUAGUUCGAACGAUUCUGGUGUUUCGAGUUGUUCACUUCGCCCUGGGGCCGAGCUAGUAGAAUUUGAACUACCACUGACGACGGCAGCUACACGACGUCACUACCGGAGUGCUCGGCGAGCCAUUGCCUCCUUCCACACGUCGUUACCGCGUCGUUCUAAAUCCACAGAUCCUCUGCGUGAUUUUGCUACCAUGCAAAGGGUGCGCAUACCAGCCAAAUCCUCUUCGGCAGAAGCAGAAGUGCCUAUACUGAAUGUCAAACCACUCAGAGGUGUUAUUGACACACACAGUACAUCAAGUGGAACGUCUGAUAUGUCCGACUAUAUAGAAACUCUUUCAAUAUGUUCGUCGCAUUCUUCAUCUGACACACCGGUUACUAUGAGGGUGGUGAGGCAGACGACCAGCACGCUACGGCCGCGAUCCGGCAAGGAAUAUCAAAACCUGGAUCCUCGACUCACCUCCGUUUAUCGUAAUCAUCCGCAUCUCUACACAAAUUUACCCUGAAUUAUGAAAAUAUGAAUUACUAUGAUACAGCGACUAAUUAAUGUAUGAACGGAUAUUAUUAAGCUAUGUUUUAUUAUUCUGCUGAAAUAUGUUGAUUUGUUUAAAAAUAAGAAAAUGCUACUAGUAUCGUAUGAAACAUCGAGAAUUCUUAAAAUUUCGUUCAGCUUUUUAAGUCUUUCAGUGUAACAUAUUCAAAUUAUAUGGUUACCUGCAUUAAAUUCAACUUCAGACCAUUAUUGACAGUCUGCAAACAAAUUGAUGAUUGACGUAGUUACUAUGUAAUUUUAAUCAACUUUAGAUGUUGUAAUUUGAAAGUAAUACAUUGGUUGCUGUUGUGUGUAAAAUUUAUUAUGUAAAGUAAAUAACUUUUAUUAUUUUGUGUGAUCCGUCCAUGAACUGUCACUUUUUUUUUAAAGUAGAGUCCACUUUUGUAAGGUGUACUUAUUUUGAACAUAAAUUUACAAAACAUUUAUUUUAUUUUUUAAAUUGACACAUUACAUAAGAUGCUGUUAAUAAAUAUAACACUCUCUAGGUAAACUAAACGAAUUACAUGACAGGUAAAAUAAAUAACAUACAAUUAUAUAAUUGCAUUUGUAAAACACAUACAACAAAGCCUAAGGUUUCUGCCAAAUAUUGUCUUUUUCUAGUCAUUUGUAAGCACUUAUUAAUAUUGUAAAUAGUCGAAUGUCGAACGUAUGUCUGGUGGAAUAAAUCAUAGUGCCAAUAUAUUUCGCAUUUUUGUAAAUACCUCUAUUUAGAAUUAUGUAAAUUAUAUGAUUAUUAUUAAUUAUUGAAAUUAUAUUAAUAUUAUAAUAGGAUUAAAACUUUACAACGAUUCUCUUGUCUCUACUUUGUUAUAACGGUGUAAUUAUUUUGAUAUCGGCGUUUAUCUGUGCGAGAUUAUAGUAUGAGGUGUCCUACUUCUCAUAUGUAUUGUAAGGAUAUUGAAUUGACGUAGUUGCCAUUACGAAACUCACUAUAGCAAUAAGCAGUGCAACCAAAGGUGAUCCAUUGUAUUAUAGAAUUAUUUAUAAUUAUAUAUCUAAUAGUAUAUUAAACGAUACGGCGCAAAUGUGAGGCCUCGUUUGCUGCGGUAUUGACGGAAAAUGCCAGGAUUGUAGCAGUUAGUGCAUUAGUUAUUAAAAUGUACAUACCUAAAUAUUUUAAUUUGUGUAAAUGAUUCUAUAAAUUUAUACUUAAUUAAUGCUUCCAAUAUUUGUAAAAUAAUAGAAUAAAUAGAACAAAUAAUAUUUAAAUUAAAGUUAAAUAUGGUGUGACUUCUGUUGUUGCAUACAUUGGGGUUGUAGAAAUUGUUACUUUUAGCAGAAUGCAUGCUAAACUGGAUUUAUCUUUCAAUCUUAUAAAAUUUUCAUUGAUAUUGUUUCUCUGAAAAUAAUGACUCGCAGGCUAAAGUAGGUAAAAAUAUUAUUAGAAUAGCAUAAGCCAGCUUCAAUCAAAGUUCGCUAGUCAUAAAAUAUGUAACUUCUUUUUUAAUGAAUUUCGUGACCAGUUUAAGAUGUAUAUAAUCACGUCAAGACCGCAGUAAGCGUAGGCGGGCCCCGAUGACCCGAAGACUGGAUUUGUAAGCAGGUUGUUUAGACAGUACGCUAGCGAAUGAAUUUAUAUAAACUAACUAACGUUAAAUGAACUUAAAUUUCUGAAUAAAAACUUGAUAAACAACUAAAGUGUGUAUUCAAUUUCAUUGAAAACCUAAUUAGCGGCAUAACGCUUUACAAAGUCGAUAGAUAAUUUGCAAAACACAAUA